AUGACGCAUGGCGACGGGAACGUAAGCAGAAACAUGGGUGCUGGUCCGCUAUACAUGCUAUGCUACGUAAACGUCUCCUCAGACCGCGGCUACCGAGUAUGUUCAUGACCAACGGCAGAUCCAUAAUCCCGAAAAUGGACGAAUUGGAGCUACUGACCACAGAGAAUGUCUUAAUGAAGAACUGCAGCGUCAUGUUUAUCACUGAGACGUGGCUUCACCCACAGAUCCCUGAUGCUGCAGCAGAGCUAGUGGACCGCACGCUACACCGGUACGACAAAACCAAGGAGUCGGGUAGGACCAGAGGCGGGGGGCUUUGUGUUUACGUGCACAGCGGCUGGUGCAUCAACAGCAAGAUCAUUGAGAUGCACUGUAGCCCUAAUGUAGAGAUACUGGCAGUCUCCUGGAGGCCCUUUUAUCUCCCAAGGCAGCUAACAGUAGCCAUUUUGAUCGCUGUUUACAUCCCACUAGAUGCUAACGUUAGCAAUGCGCUUAGCCUCCUGCUCACUGUUGUAAACAAACAGCGGCUUGCCCGCUCUGAUGGAGUUUCUAUUGUUGCCGGUGACUUCAAUCAAGCGUGCUUAAGGACUGUCCUUAAAUUGGUCCAGUAUGUGCAUUGUGCCACCAGAGGGGACAAAACGCUAGACCAUGUUCAGUGUAAUAUUAAACAUGCUUACACAGCCACCCCCCUCCCCCACCUUUCCAAGUCGGACCACUUCUCACUGUCCCUAACUUCCACAUACACAACUCUCAGGACAAAACCUGAGACAAUGACCAUCAACACCUGCCCUGAAGGGGCGCUAUCCCAGUUGCAGGACUGCUCCUCCAGGACACUAUGGGACUUAUUUGACACUGACACUGUUCUCUGCUACAUUAAAAACUGUACUGACAUGGUCACUGUCAACACGGAUCAGGGUUUUUGCCAACCAGAAACUCUGGAUGACCAGUAAAGUCCAGAUUCUCCUCAAAAACUGAAAUGCCACCUUCAGGUCAGGGGUCAGGGUCCAGUGCAGUAUGGCCAAAGCUGACCUGAGAAGAGGCAUUAUAGAGGCGAAGAAGGAUUACAAAAAGAAAAUCGAGGAGCAUUUCACUGCUAAUGAUCCAAGGAAGAUGUAGCAGGGGAUCCAACACAUAACCAACUACAAAGGU